AAACACCACCUACGUCUCGUCAGGCUUCUGAUAAGCGCCCAUCCCAGGCUUCUAGACUCCAAGUCUCCUCCCCUAGACUCCCGUCUUACGCCGUCGGCAAUUGGGACGCUCGCGACUCGUUGUCCCAGGGCAAAGAGCGACAAGGCUGCGCUUCCCCGUGGGUUCCCCCCGCAUUCAGGAUCUGCAACUCUGCAUUCGCUCUAUAAAUCCUACCUGACGCCCCCCCACCAACAGGUCCUGCUCAAAGGUCCUGCGCUGGCCCUGGACUGUACCUCAGCCCUUCAAGUCAAGCCGCCGUUGCAAGCAGCCUCAGCAUGGCGACGACAACAACGACGACGACCAAGACUGGAGAGGCCAUUGUGCCCCAGGAGCAUCCCGUCACUUCCAAUGACAAGGCCAGGGACCUCAUGGUCGACGGCGCCCGCGCCGCCACCGACAACGAGCACAACAUGACGCUCAUGCAGGGCAUCAAGCUGUAUCCCAAGGCCGUCGCGUGGAGCAUGCUCAUCUCAACCUGCAUCGCCAUGGAAGCCUACGACCUCUGCCUCCUCAACAACUUCUUCGCGCUCGACCCGUUCAAGCGGCAGUUCGGGCAGCCGCUCACCUCCGGCCCGGACGCGGGCAAGUACGAAAUCACGGCGCCGUGGCAGGCCGGCCUGACCAACGGCGUCGUGGCCGGCGAAAUCAUCGGCCUGCUCAUCAACGGCUACGUCUCCGAGCGCUUCGGAUACCGCUACACCGUCAUGGCCUGCCUCACCCUCAUCCUCGCCUUCACCGCCAUCUUCUUCACCGCCACCACCAUCGAGCAGCUGCUCGUUGCCGAAAUCAUCGCCGGCAUCCCCUGGGGCGUCUUCCAGGCCCUCACCAUCACCUACGCCUCCGAGGUCUGCCCCGUCGCCCUCCGCGGCUACCUCACCACCUACGUCAACUUCUGCUGGGGCCUCGGCCAGGUCAUCGGCGUAGGCGUCAUCAAAUCCCUCUCCACCCGCGACGACGAGUGGUCCUACCGCAUCCCAUACGCCCUCCAAUGGAUGUGGCCCAUCCCGCUCCUCAUAGGCGUCUUCUUCGCCCCCGAAUCCCCCUGGUGGCUCGUCCGCAAGCACCGCCUCGCCGACGCCAAAGCCGCCCUCCUCCGCCUCACCAGCCCGGCGCGCCUCCCCUCCUUCAACCCCGACGAAACAAUCGCCAUGAUGGCCCACACCACCGCGCUCGAAGCCCGCCUCACCGCCGGCGCCUCCUACACAGACUGCUUCCGCGGCACCGACCUGCGCCGCACCGAAAUCAUCGCCAUGUGCUGGGCCAUCCAGAACCUCUCCGGCAACUCCUUCUCCGGCUUCUCAACCUACUUCCUCCUCCAGUCCGGCCUCGACCAAUCCACUUCCUACUCCUUCGCCCUCGGCCAGUACGCCAUCAACAUGGCCGGCGUCUUCGCGGCUUGGGCCCUCAUGAGCCGCGGCAUCGGCCGUCGAACGCUCUACAUCGCCGGUCUCGCAGGCCUCACCACCAUCCUAACAACAAUCGGCUUCCUAGCCCUCAUCCCCUCUGCCCACCGCCCCCGCGCCUCCCUAGCAACAGGCUCCCUAAUGAUCCUCUGGGCCGCAAUCUACCAACUCACAGUCGGCACAGUCUGCUACUCCCUCGUCGCAGAGCUCUCCACCCGCCGCCUCGCCAUCAAGACCGUCGCGCUCGGCCGCGCAGCCUACAACGUCAUCUCCAUCAUCUGCAACAUUCUGACCCCCUAUAUGCUCAACCCCGGCGCCUGGAACUGGCGCAACUAUGCGGGCUUUUUCUGGGCGGGGUCCUGCGCGCUUUGUGUGGUUUAUGCGUAUUUUCGCAUUCCGGAGCCGAGUGGACGGUCGUUUGCUGAGUUGGAUUUGCUUUUUGAAAAGGGGGUUAGUGCGAGGGGGUUUAGGGGGGCGGUGGUGGAUGUUUUUGAGGAGGGGGGGUUGGAUGAGGGGGUUGUGGGGGCGUUUGGGAGGAAGGGUAGUGUUGCUGGUGGGGUGGGGGUGGAGAAGCAGGAGUUUGCGGUUUAG